AUGUUACAGCAUGGUAGGGAUUCAUCCUUGUCCUCGAUCGCAAAUUCGUUCAACGAGACUUGCUCCAUUUCCUCGGGCUCACCAAAAACAUCGCCCAUGAAUUCACCGUACAUGUCUCCAGGGGGAUCACCGAGAGAAUCUCUGAACCAGCAGUUUGCCAACAGCAUGUCGCUUCAGCCACCUUCAACUACCAACAACAACAAAAACAGUAAUAACACAUUUGUCCAUAAGCUAUACAAUAUGGUAGUAGAUCAUCAGUAUCAGUAUCUAAUUGCUUGGAACUACACAGGAUCGUCAUUUAUUGUUUGUAAUAUCAUGGAAUUUUCAAAAGAUGUUUUACCAAAGCAUUUUAAACAUAAUAAUUUCAGUAGUUUUGUUCGACAACUCAACAUGUACGGCUUUCACAAAGUAAACAAAUCACCAAGGGGACAUAGAACAUUAGCGGAAAAUCAGAUCUGGGAGUUCUCCCAUCCAAAGUUCCUCAAAGAUCGCCCUGAUAUACUUGACGAAAUCAAACGCAAAUCACUAGAGACUGAGAGCACAACUAGACGGGACCAUGGCGAUAUCAAUUCUCAUAUGGCAAUGAUGCAAAUGUCUCAAUCCGAGAUGGUCCAACAGCUGGUGCGAUUGCAAGAUAACUUCUCCCAGGUUGUGCGUGAACUUGCCGAAACCAAGAGCAGACAAAACAAGCAAUAUCAAAUGCUGAAAAGCAUGAUGGAAUUCAUAUCAAGUCGACAACAGGAAGAGUCGCAUUUACAAGUACCACCAGAAUUAAGUAUGGGCUUUGAUAUACAGCAAGAGGAAAGACCGCCUUCCAUCUUCAUCACAUCGCACGAUACCAAUACAUUGCAAAACGGUUACUUCACUCGCAAUACGAAUACCGCAUCAUCAUUAUCAGCAAGAGCUCCCGUGCUUACCGUACAAACGCAUAAUUUAUCCCCACAAUUAGGAUUACCGCCCAACAGCCCUCUAGAUCAGCAAAAUUCGCCAGCAUUAAGUGCAUAUCACACGGCAUUAAAUACUCCAGUGUCCCCUAGUCCUAGCCCUUUUAUUUCAGAUGAUGAUAUUCCUAGCCUGUACAGUCCACAUAGCCCACUGACACCAAACACAUUUACAUUGAAUGAAGGCUACUAUACCGCGCAGCAACAACAACAAUACAUCCCUCCAUCUCUUCCUCAACAUCAGCAAUUUCAGCAGCAGCAACAGCAGCAACAGCAACAGCAACAUCAAGAUGUACAUAUGAUGGAUCAACAUUCAUUAGGAGGAGGGACUACAUAUAACUCAUUUACACUAGGGGCUCAAGGAACUGGAUAA